GAAGGCCGGGGGGCGGGGCGGCGAUGGCGGCCGUGCGGCGGGCGGGCUCCCCGUAGCCCGAGCAGCCGCGCCGCGGGAGGAUGGCCUCGCUCGGGCCGGCGGAUUCGGGCGAGCAGACCCCGGGGUCCGAGGCGGAGGCGGGCGCCGCGGGGCCGCCAGCGCCGCCGUCGCCUCUGGGGCCGCUGCUGCCCCUGCAGCGGGAGCCGCUGUACAACUGGCAGGCGACCAAGGCGUCGCUGAAGGAGCGCUUCGCCUUCCUCUUCAACUCGGAGCUGCUGAGCGAUGUGCGCUUCGUGCUGGGCAAGGGCCGCGCCGCCUCCGCCGCCGCCGGGGGCCCGCAGCGCAUCCCCGCGCACCGCUUCGUGCUGGCGGCCGGCAGCGCGGUCUUCGACGCCAUGUUCAACGGCGGCAUGGCCACCACGUCCGCCGAGAUCGAGCUGCCCGACGUGGAGCCCGCCGCCUUCCUGGCGCUGCUGAGAUUCCUCUACUCAGAUGAGGUUCAGAUCGGCCCGGAAACAGUCAUGACCACUCUCUAUACGGCCAAGAAGUACGCGGUCCCCGCCUUGGAGGCGCACUGCGUGGAGUUUCUCACCAAACACCUGAGGGCGGACAACGCCUUCAUGCUACUUACCCAGGCUCGGCUGUUUGACGAACCGCAGCUCGCCAGCCUCUGCCUGGACACGAUAGACAAGAGCACGACGGACGCCAUCAGCGCCGAGGGCUUCACCGACAUCGACAUCGACACACUCUGCGCGGUUCUGGAAAGAGACACCCUGAGCAUCCGAGAGAGCCGGCUGUUCGGAGCGGUUGUGCGCUGGGCGGAAGCGGAGUGCCAGAGGCAGCAGUUGCCCGCGACUUUCGGGAACAAGCAGAAGGCGCUGGGGAAGGCGCUGUCCUUGAUCCGCUUCCCGCUGAUGACCAUCGAGGAGUUCGCGGCGGGUCCCGCGCAGUCUGGCAUUCUGUCAGACCGGGAAGUGGUGAACCUCUUCCUCCACUUCACCGUCAACCCCAAGCCCCGGGUGGACUACAUCGACCGGCCGCGGUGCUGCCUGCGCGGGAAGGAGUGCUGCAUCAACCGCUUCCAGCAGGUGGAGAGCCGCUGGGGCUACAGCGGGACCAGCGACCGCAUCAGGUUCACAGUUAACAGAAGAAUCUCUAUAGUUGGAUUUGGUUUAUACGGCUCUAUUCACGGUCCCAUGGAUUAUCAAGUCAAUAUACAGAUCAUUGAAUAUGAAAAGAAACAAACCCUGGGCCAGAACGACACUGGCUUUAGUUGUGAUGGGAGCGCCGGCACGUUCAGGGUCAUGUUCAAGGAACCCAUAGAGAUCCUGCCCAACGUGUGCUACACGGCGUGCGCGACCCUCAAGGGCCCGGACUCGCACUACGGCACGAAGGGGCUGAAGAAAGUGGUGCACGAGACGCCCGCCGGCAAGACCGUGUUCUUCUUCCUCAGCUCGCCCGGCAACAACAACGGCACCUCCAUAGAAGACGGGCAGAUCCCGGAGAUCAUCUUCUACACAUAGCUGGGCGGCGCGGCCCGCCUCGGCUGCAGGGGGUCGAGCAGGCAUAAAAAACAUACUGGCCACAGAGGAGAGGUUGAGCGUUAUGAAUGUUUAUAAUUCUAAGAAAAGAAACAUUUUAGUUUCUUAGGGGAGAUAGAUAAAUGCUUAUUUAAAUCUCUGCAUAAUUUAAAGGCAGAUUUUCCACUUUCUUAUAACCUUAGGGGAAAGGAAAACUGGGUUCAAUUGUUCGGAAAAAACACAGCUAUUUCGGCUUUAUCCUGUAUCAUUUUGUGGAUCAGCUGACUUGUGAUCUCUCGGCAGUUUUAUAAUGGAAAGGUUUUCGUGUCACUUGGCUGGUUGGUUUUGUUUGAACUGUUUCGGAGGCUCCAUGAGAUGGACACACGAUGGAGGCACACAGGGUCGGCACUCCUGUGGGCUCCUGUUAACGCAAGUAACUAAUUUCAGACAGUUAAGAAAACUGACCUUGAAUUUGGAGUUUUGAAAUACCUGGUUGUUAGCAUCAGGAAUGUCGCUAGAAAAUAGGUCUAAUAGAAUGCCCAAGAAAAUUUCCAAUGCAUUUACAGAAAAGGGUAUUUUGUGAUAGCAUAGUAACGUGUUACAUAGUACAGCUUUAAAGUACAAAUGGCGUUUGUACAAAUUCGCAAUAAUGUGAUAGUCACAAAGGAUCUGAAGGUGUAGUCUCAGACGAGAUCCUUUGUCACCAAAGUGCACUGUCGCCGCUCUCUGUCCAGGGGGCGCUGCCGAGCGUCCCUGGGGUCCAGGCGGGGCGUGGUGAUGCCGGUGGAGAUGGGUGAGCACAAGCCAGAGGCAGAAUAGAAUACGUUCCCAACAACGACUUCAGAAUUUUAAAGAUGUCCAGCAGCAUCGCUCCUGCCGAAGUGACGCCAUCCCUUGUCACCUACACAGUUCUAUCCCAGCAGUAAAACAUGUUUAAUAUUUAUGGUCUCACAGAUGUCACAGGUACACUGUGUUAGGGAGGACAUGUGACAGAAUGACAUUUAUACACUUUUUAUAAGACAAAAUUUUUAUAUAAACAUCUUUUUUCUUUUGAAAGCGAUACCUAAUAAAACGUGUAAUUAAGUUUAAGGUAUAUCAACUAGUUGUCCAAGACGGUUAAAAAAAUCACAAUUCUUUUAAGUAUCAACUUAAAUAGAAUUUUUUCUAAAUAAUAGUCACUUAGGAUAUCAAAUUUUUUCAUUUACAGUAGCAUUUCAUUUUAUAUUUCAAAGCAGGCAGUGUGCUAUGCUCGUGGCUGAGGUCUCUUAGCUGAAGAAAAGGGACUUUUUUCUGUCCCCGGUACCAUGACCUUGUGGAUGUAACCCUCAGCCCCCUGGAGUCUCCGUGGGAUGAUGUGUGGUGCGGUUAACCAGCAGACACGCUGCACUAGCCGUUACGGAGAACGUUCUGCCUUAA